UUGAUCAAAUGAUCACGGGAAAGCACGCAGCUCCUGUGGAAGCAAAAGGACAUUCCCACGUUAAACUGUAACUAGACACUUGGAGCGUCUCCUUUUCGCAGUAAUAAAAGGCGCCGCUAUCGGGAAUCCCUUGCGAAUAACGGACUGGGUUGAGGACACUCCGGACAAUAACACACAGAAGACAAGAGGAGAAGAAGAAGACAUAGUGUGUCUGUCUGUGAGUGAGAGUGGGCGUGAGUGAGUGAGUGAGUGAGUGAGUGAGUGAGUGAGUGAGUGAGUGUGUGUGUGUGUGUGUGAGAGUGAGUGUGUGCCCCUGUGUGUGUGGCAUGCCUGUGUGUGUCUGUGUAUAUAAAAGAGUGUGUCAGAGAGAGAGUAAGAUAAACCAAAGGAGUGUGUGUGUGUGUGUGUGUGUGUGUGUGUGUGUGUGUCACUGCCUGACGUUCCCUUGCUACAACCCAUGACUAGUGGUGGUUGUGGUUGUGGUUGUGGUUGUAUAUGACGGGGAUGGACCAUGAAAGCAGCCCAGCGGAGGAGUCCCCUGCUGGGCAUGAGUCGUCUGCGUUUGAGCCUGUAGCGUUAGCAUUAGCGUCCGGAGACCCAGACCCAGGGCCUGGACAUGGGCCGCAUGCGUCUGGAACUGGGCCGGAGUCCGGAUCCGGAUCCGGGCCGCAUGCGUCGGUGUCUGCGACGGGGACGGAGGUGGUCCGCAGGGGGCGCUACCUGGUGGAUCGAGACGUCUACAGUGAGAGCCGUCUGGGGUCAGAGGUGCUGCACCGACGAGAGCGGACACCACACACACUCUGCCAGAGGCUACGGCAACACGUGGAGUGUUCGUCGGGCCGUGUGAGAGCGGGGCUGCUGCGCUUGUUUCCCAUAGCAACAUGGCUGCCGGCGUACCCAGUAAAGGAGUACCUGAUGGGAGAUCUGGUGUCCGGACUCAGCACCGGAGUCAUGCAGUUACCACAAGGUCUGGCAUAUGCCAUGCUGGCUGCGGUGCCUCCAGUGUUUGGCCUCUACUCCUCCUUCUACCCCGUGCUGCUCUACACGCUAUUCGGCACCUCCAGACACAUCUCCAUAGGAACCUUUGCUGUGAUUAGUCUGAUGAUGGGGGGCGUGUGCGUGAGGGAGGCGCCGGACUCCAUGUUCUACGUGGCCGCUAACGGAACCAACGGAACUGGAACUGGAACCGGAUCGGAAUCAGAACUGUUGCUGGACGAGGGGGCCAGAGAUGCAUACAGAGUCCAGCUGAUAGUGGCCCUGACUACGCUAGUGGGAAUCAUACAGUUGGUGCUGGGUGUGUUGCGUUUCGGUUUCGUGGCGAUCUACCUAACAGAGCCGCUGGUGCGCGGCUUCACUACUGCUGCCGCGGUGCACGUCUUCGUAUCACAGCUGAAAUACCUACUGGGCAUCAAGACAGACCGCUUUAGCGGACCCCUAUCUGUUAUUAAGAGUGUGGUAGCAGUGCUGGGUAACAUUACUACCACUAACUUGACCACUCUGCUGGUGGGGGCGUUGUGUAUGGUCUUCCUCUUCGGCGUCAAGGAGGUCAACGAACGCUACAAGAAGAAACUGCCCGUGCCCAUCCCUGGAGAGAUCAUCGUGGUGAUUGUCUCCACAGGGGUGUCCUAUGGAGUCAGCCUCUUCCAGAACUACCAGGUGGCCGUGGUGGGAACCAUCCCUUCAGGGCUCCUCCCACCUGCCCUGCCAGACCACACCCUCUUCUCCAAGGUUGCCAUGGACUCACUUGCCAUAGCAAUCGUGGGCUUCUCCAUGGGUAUCUCUCUGGCCAAGAUCUUCGCACUCAAACACGGCUACAGUGUGGAUGGCAACCAGGAGCUGAUUGCGUUGGGCUUGUGUAAUUUCAUUAGUUCGUUCUUCCAGACUUUUGCCAUCACCUGUUCCAUGUCACGCAGUUUGGUGCAGGAAAGCACAGGAGGAAGAACACAGAUUGCUGGGUUUUUGGCGUCGAUGGUUGUGCUACUGGUUGUCGUGGCGAUUGGCUUUGUGUUUGAGCCCCUCCCACAGACUGUUCUGGCUGCCAUCAUCAUGGUGAAUCUGCAGGGGAUGUUCAAGCAGUUCAGAGACAUCCCCACACUCUGGAGAACAAGCAGAAUAGAACUGGCUAUCUGGAUCGUGGCCUUCAUCUCCUCCGUGCUGCUGGGGCUCGACUACGGCCUCAUGGUGUCCGUCACCUUCGCCAUCCUCACUGUCAUCUACCGCACACAGAGCCCGAAGAGUAUGGUUCUUGGCCAGGUUCCUGGAACUGGCCUCUACUAUGACGUGGAUAAAUACGAGGAGUGUGUGGAGAACUCAGGGAUUAAGAUCUUCCACAUGAACUCUGCUAUCUACUUCGCUAACAGUGAGCUGUACGUCAGCGCUCUCAUGGAGAAGACUGGUGUGGACCCCACUGUUAUACUGCAGGCCCGCAAGUCUCGAGAAAAGAAGAGGAGGAAGAACAGCCCAGAGAAAGAGGAGAAGAAGAACAGGAAGAACAGUCCGGAAAAAGAGGAGGAGAAGAAGAGAACAGCAGUCGUCAAACUGGACAUGGAUAAGGGCAUCUCUCACGAGGUGGUGGACGGGUCCUCCGUGCGAUUGGCCAUCCAGGACGGUGCCGGCGGGCCAUUGGCUGAGCAGGUUAACGGACAGGUGUCGGAGAGUCACACGGAUUGGCCGGGAGAGGACGCCCACUUCCUGGAUCUGGCGGAGGGGGAGGGGCUAGUCCACUCUAUCAUCCUGGACUUCACGCCCGUCACCUUCAUAGACUCAGUAGGAGCCAAGGCCAUCAAGUCGGUGGUGAAGGAGUAUGCGGCGGUGGAUGUGGGAGUGUUCAUCGCAUGCUGCAGCAGAACGGUUCUGUCCCAGCUGACCGCUCUGCAGUUCUUCGGCCAGGUGGUGUCCGCUGACUUGGUCUUCCCCACCAUCCACGACGCCGUGCUGCACUGUCAGAGCAGGAAGUCCCGCCCUAAUGGUGCCGCCAGCCAAUGAGCACGCAGGAGCGCUCCUGAUUGACAGUAUGGUCACAGGGCAGGAGAGGACACUUACUGUACGUCCAACAACCAGGACGGAUGUGAUUGGUGGAGAGACGGAGGAGGAAGGGGAGGGACUGAGGAACCCCCUCAGCCUUCUUGUAAACAUUCCAGAAGUGCAGAGCACGAUCUUGCUAAUUCAGCAGCCAGCAGAGGACAGUCCUGUGUGUGUGUUUGUGUGUGUGUGUUUGUAUAGGCGUGUGUGUGUGUGUGUGUGUGUGUGCGCGUGUGUGUAUACAUAUUCACAGAGAACGUUCUUGUUAUAUUGGUCAGAAAGCUGUAUACAGUCGUAAGCAGAGUUGUAUAUGUACGUAUGCGCUUGAAAGCUGUGUGCAUUUAACUGUGUAUGGAGUUCUUAUUACAGAAGAAUACCCAGGUCUUGAACUGAAUAGAGCCCGAACAACAUACAGUAGCACAUGGAAAUCGUUACAUCAGGUGUAUGUAUGUAACUACAUUUGCAUAGAAUAUAACAUUAGAAAACUACAGGCAUAUUUUUGUUACUACAUGCGUACGUUGUGAAGGCAACUACAGGGCAUCUGUGUGAUUUAAGCAACUAAGUCUGAACUGUGUAGCACUCUUUUAACAUGUUAUGUUUUAUGGUUUCCAUACAGCAGACGUAUAGAGUAUUUAUAUACAUACAACACAUUAGCAGCCUUUAAUUUCUCUGUUUGUCUGUUAAAUCAUGGAUUUUCUUCAGCAGUCUUUAACAGAGUGUGUCUGUUAAGUAUUUAUCUUUGGCCAUUUUCAGGGUAAGGGGAGAGAAUUUUCCAUAGCGAGAGUUGCUUCCGUUGCUGUUGUCAGGGUGUUUUAUUUACAGAGCUGCUUCUGUUUCCAUAGUUGCUGUUGUCAGGGUGUUUUAUUUACAGAGCUGAAUUCUGUUUCUAUAGUUACUGUUGUCAUAGUGGUGUGGGGGGUGUUUUAUUUACGUCAGAGCUUUCUUGAGCACUUUCGCCAAUGCUGAAUGUAAAGUUUCAGUGGCCAUCUUGUUUUCGGUUAGGAGAGUGUUUUAUCUACAAUGCCUGUUUUCGUUGAGUGUACAUGUUUAGCUUUGACAGCCAUUUUGUGGAUAUGUCGGCUAGGGGGGGAUGUAAGUACAAGGAAGGCUGCUUUUUAAUGUUACCUAUAAAUAAUGUUUUAUCUACAGUUAGAUCUGAGAUCGUUUGUUUCUUUGGCCAUCUUGGGCACUACCUCUUGCUUUAACUCUCUGCUGUCGUGUGUGUGUGUGUGUGUGUGUGUGUGUGUGUGUGUGUGUGUGUGUGUGUGUGUGUGUUUGUGUGCGUGUGUGUGUGUGUGUGUGUGUGUGUGUGUGUGUGUGUGUGUGUGUGUGUGUGUGUGUGUGUGUGUGUGUGUGUGUGUGUGUGUGUGUGUGUGUGUGUGUGUGUGUGUGUGUGUGUUUGUGUGUUCCGUUCCUGUAAGGGUGCAAUUCUUCAUCUG